AUGGAUUAUUCGGUGUUUACAGCUCAAUCUCCAGCUCAUAAUGAUUUUCGUAGUGAUACAUUUACCACUCCCACAUUAUCAAUGGUUCAAGCAUUAUCAUCUACUUCAUUAGGAGAUGCAGUUUAUUAUGAAGAUGAUACAACAAAGUUAUUAGAAGCUAAAGUUGCUAAAUUUACAGGUAAAGAAGCUGGAUUAUUUUGUGUUUCAGGUACAUUAACAAAUCAAAUUGCAAUGAGAACAAAUUUAUUACAACCUCCAUAUCUGAUAUUAUGUGAUUCAAGAGCUCAUGUUUAUGUUCAUGAAGCUGGUGGAUUAAGUACAUUAACUCAAGCAAUGCCAAUGCCAAUAUACCCAAAAAAUGAUAAAUAUUUAACAUUGGAAGCAGAUAUAAUACCUAAUUUUACUCCAGAUGAUGGUGAAAUACAUGGUGCUCCUACUAAAUUAAUAUGUCUUGAAAAUACAUUACAUGGUAUGAUUUAUCCACUUGAAGAAAUUAAAAAAAUUAGUAAAUUUUGUAAAGAAAAUGAUGUAAGAUUGCAUUUAGAUGGUGCUAGAAUAUGGAAUGCAAGUGUGGAAACUGGUAUAUCUAUUGAGAAAUAUUGUUCUUAUUUUGAUUCCGUGAGUUUAUGUUUAUCUAAAACUUUGGGUGCUCCAAUUGGAUCAGUAUUAGUUGGUGAUAAGAAAUUCAUAAAUAAAGCAAAUCAUUUUAAGAAACAAAAUGGUGGUGGGAUAAGGCAAAGUGGUUUAAUUGCAAGUAUGGCGAUCGUAGCAAUAGAUGAAAAUUUAUCAAAAUUGAAACAAACACAUGAAUGGGCUAAAGAAAUUGGUAAAGUGUGUGAAGAGUACAAUAUUAUUUUGGAACACCCAGUUGAAACAAAUUUUGUGUUUGUAGAUCUACAAGCUAGUAAGAUUAAUCCAGACAAGUUGAUUGAAAUCUCGGAUAAGUAUAAAGUUAAAAUUUACAGUGGUAGAAUAUCAUUACAUUAUCAACUUUCAAAAGAGUCAUUGGAACUGUGUAGAAAAGUAUUGAUUGAAGUGAUAGAAGAAGCAAGAAAGAAUCCGUAUGAAGGUAAAGGAAAUAUGAAAUUCUAUACUAGUGAAAAUAAUUAA